AUGCUUCGCCACAAUAUAGAGGAUACGAAGGUUUCUAGCUGUAGUAGGUGUGUUGUUUGUGCGCGGGGCUCCUCGGGAGAAACAAAAAUAAAGUCUGUUUUUCAGAUGCUUUCCGUCGAUUCCACUAUUAGCAGCACGCGAGAAUCGGUGCAGCAUUCAUCUGUAGAUAAUAAUAAUUUAAUUCAAAAUAGUGGCAGCUUAUCCAAUAAUUCUCAAGCAAAUGAAGCAGUUCCAGUUAACGAAAGCCUUUCAAUUCGUAAGAGACGUGCUUGUUUUUCGCUUAAAUUCAAAAGGCUAAAUUAUGCUUCAUUUUGUGAAAAAACAACGACUCCGGAGAGUGGAGAUGAGAGAGCAGUAAAUAAUGAAGAAAUUGAACGUUUGGUUUCCUCGUCGUCGUCGGCGUAUAACAGUGGAAAUGAAACUUCAAGCGCGGCAGAAAAUACGGAUGAUUCCUCUGGGGAAGAAGAACAACAAAUUCAUUUAAAACGUUUACGUUUCGAUUCAGUAAAUAGCCAAAAUAUUUUUGAAACUAUAAAUGAUGUAAAUGAACAACAAAAUGAAGAAGAACAGCAACAAUCUGUUGAGGAAGAGAAGAAAAAUUUACAAAAAGACAAUUUACUUGAGGAGCGGGCUUUGAAUUCUUCACCACAGACAGAUGCACAAUUUUCCGAUCCUGAUUUAAUUUUGGAAGAUUCAACAACCGGAAAAUGUUAUGAAUUGAUUGGAUCUGGACGAAAUUGCAAAGCUGUAGAUUUGUCGACACAUGAAAUGUGGCAUUGCCAAAUGUUGAAACAAAAUGAAUUUAAUAAUUUAAUGGAGAUUGUUUCGCGAAUGAAAAGUGUUUCGAAUUGUUACACUGAAGAAGGGUUUACAGAAAGGAGCAAUCUUUUGUUACCAUUUAACAAACUUCAAACAUUAAGAAGCAUCAAACACCCUAACAUAAUUUAUAUUCUUCUUCCAAAUCAUUAUGAUAGUUUAAGUAAAUUAAUUGAAGAAGAAUGUGGAGAGGAAGCAGCUUCUUUCCCCUAUUGGUGUCGUCCUGUUUGUUUAAGUGAAAGACUUGUACAACAAAUCCUCAAACAAAUAACUGUUUUGCUUGAAUUUUGUCAUCGAAUUGGUUUAUUUUUUCGGGAUUUUCGUUUUUGCAAAUUUGUCUUCACUGACCAAGCAAAAACAAAAUUGCGGCUGAAUAAUGUCCUUGAUUUGUAUAUUUCACCGAGCGUUGAUUGCGAUUUAAUAAAUUCUCGCGAGUUUAUACCUGCUUAUAUAUCACCUGAAGUUCUUGACAAGAAGAAUCAGGUUUAUGGAGGGCGUGCAGCAGAUAUUUGGGCAUUUGGUGUUAUGAUGUUUACUCUUUUAAAUGGCCGCUUAAAUUUCUAUGAACAAAGUAAUAAUCCGAUUGAGUUAUUCCGACGUAUUCGUUCUCAUUGUUUUUCUUCUCGAAUGCGGUCAUCAGUUUCGGAGCCUGCACGAUGGUUAAUACAUUCUUUAUUGAAACCUUGUCCCGAUGAGCGGCCAUCUGCCGCACAGAUUUUGCAGACACAUUUAUUGAAUCCUGUGCGUUCAUUCUUUCAAGAACAAAAUGAAUCUGAUGCGGGCCGUUCAGAAGUUAUUCACCCUCUUCGAUACCAAGCAGGGCUGAAUUCGAAUGGAUCUGCAUCGGUGAAUAUGCCUCCAGUCCGUGGAUCUGCUCCAGCUUUUGUAUCGAUUCACCGACGAGAAUUACCUUUUAUUUCAUUGAAAAUUGAAAGAGAAAAGGUAACAGAAGAUCAAGUUGUCCCCGAUUUCUCGGGUUAGUAGUUUAAGAAUUGUUCUUCACUCUUGAAACAAACUUCUUUUUCUCCUCCCUUGCCAUGAUGGUUUCCCUUUACCUCAAAUGUAGGUAUUUAUAAAUAUAUGAAUUUUACUUUACGUUAAUUUUAGAUUAAUGAUCGGCCUAAUUUACCUACGUUGAAUCAUUAUAUACUUAAUUGAGGAUUUUUAUUUACCUUCAAUUAUCUAAAAUUACAUCUAGUUUUUACGUGUUUUUUAAAAUUUGGACCGAUUUCCCCUUUCCUUUUAACCUAAAAAUUUUUAUAUUUCCAAUCACAGCAUUGGAAUUUCCUUUAGAAAAAGGCCGUCUCUCUCCAUUAUCACCCUCAUACAUUUUGCUGCCACUCUCCUUAUCUCCUCCAUCCUUCAUCAAGACAAAAAUCCGAUUUUAUAUUUUUUGUUCCUGCCGAUUGCCCCGCGUUCAACUUCCUUCGGUUUCCAAUUUUGCCUCUACAAAAAAUGUACACUCGAUCUUUUAAAAAA